CGGUCCCCACCGACGGCGCAGCCCUCGGGCCCGCCCCGGCCCAGGAGGUGAGCCCCGCGCUCACAGCUCUGCGCGCCCCGCCGAGCGCCCGCCAGGUGCCCCCGCAGCCCGCCGCCGAGAUGCGCAGCCCGCCGGGGCCCCUGGCACUGUGGCUUUGCGCCGUGCUGUGCGCCUCGGCACGCGCGGGCGGCGACCCCCAGCCCGGCCCGGGGCGUCCUGCCUGCCCGGCUCCCUGCCACUGCCAGGAGGACGGCAUCAUGCUGUCAGCGGACUGCUCCGAGCUCGGGCUCUCGGUGGUGCCAGGGGACCUGGACCCCCUGACCGCUUACCUAGACCUCAGCAUGAACAACCUCACGGAGCUCCAGCCGGGUCUCUUCCACCACCUGCGCUUCCUGGAGGAGCUGCGGCUCUCCGGGAACCAUCUCUCACACAUCCCAAGACAGGCAUUCUCCGGCCUUCACAGUCUCAAAAUUCUGAUGCUGCAGAGCAACCAGCUCCGAGGUAUCCCAGCGGAGGCGCUGUGGGAUCUGCCCAGGCUGCAGUCGCUGCGCCUAGAUGCCAACCUCAUCUCCCUGGUCCCCGAGAGGAGCUUUGAGGGGCUGUCCUCCCUCCGCCACCUCUGGUUGGAUGACAAUGCACUCACCGAGAUCCCUGUCAGAGCCCUCAACAACCUUCCUGCCCUACAGGCCAUGACCCUGGCUCUCAACCGCAUCCGCCACAUUCCUGACUAUGCCUUCCAGAACCUAAGCAGUCUUGUGGUGCUGCAUCUUCACAACAACCGCAUCCAGCACGUGGGGACCCACAGCUUCGAGGGGCUGCACAAUCUGGAGACUCUUGUGUUCUUUCUCUUCUGUUCCCCAGAGCAUUUUCUUGGGGAGCCUGCAGGGGAAGGCAGAUGUGGAGGAGGAGGAGCGGCUGAGAGAAUGAAAGGGGAAAGAAAUGAUAGGGACCUGAACUAUAAUGAGCUGCAGGAGUUCCCCGCGGCCAUCCGGACCCUGGGCAGGCUUCAGGAACUGGGUUUCCACAACAACAAUAUCAAGGCUAUCCCAGAGAAGGCCUUCAUGGGCAACCCUCUCCUGCAGACAAUACAUUUUUAUGACAACCCAAUCCAAUUUGUGGGAAGGUCAGCGUUCCAGUACCUGUCUAAACUGCAUACGCUAUCCUUGAAUGGUGCCACUGACAUCCAGGAGUUCCCAGACCUCAAAGGCACCACUAGCCUGGAGAUCCUGACCCUGACCCGAGCAGGCAUCCGGCUGCUCCCACCGGGAAUGUGCCAACAGCUGCCCAGGCUCCGAAUCCUGGAGCUGUCUCAUAAUCAGAUCGAGGAGCUGCCCAGCCUGCACAGGUGUCAGAAGCUACAGGAAAUCGGCCUCCAGCACAACCGGAUCUGGGAAAUCCGUGCAGAUACCUUCAGCCAACUGAGCUCCUUGCAAGCUCUAGACCUGAGUUGGAAUGUCAUCCGGGCCAUCCACCCUGAGGCCUUCUCAACCCUGCGUUCCUUGGUUAAGCUGGACCUGACCGACAACCAGCUGACCACAUUGCCCUUGGCGGGGCUGGGAGGCCUGAUGCACCUGAAGCUCAAAGGGAACUUGGCCCUGUCCCAGGCCUUCUCCAAGGACAGUUUCCCAAAACUGAGGAUCCUAGAGGUGCCCUAUGCCUACCAGUGCUGUGCCUACGGCAUGUGUGCCAGCCUCUUCAAGACGCCUGGGCAGUGGCAGGCUGAGGACCUUCACCUGGAGGAAGAAGAGGCACCAAAGAGGCCCCUGGGUCUCCUUGCCGGACAAGCUGAGAACCACUAUGACCUAGACCUGGAGGAGCUCCAGAUGGAGAUGGAGGACUCCAGGCCACACCCCAGUGUCCAGUGCAGCCCUGUCCCAGGCCCCUUCAAGCCCUGCGAGCACCUCUUUGAGAGCUGGGGCAUCCGCCUUGCUGUGUGGGCCAUCGUGUUGCUCUCGGUACUCUGUAACGGGCUGGUGCUGCUGACAAUCUUUGCCGGCGGGCCGAGCCCGCUGUCCCCGGUCAAGCUGGUGGUGGGUGCGAUCGCAGGCGCCAACGCCUUGACGGGCAUUUCCUGCGCCCUCCUGGCCUCGGUGGACGCCUUGACCUUCGGCCAGUUCGCUGAGUACGGAGCCCGCUGGGAGACCGGGCCGGGCUGCCAGGUCACGGGCUUCCUGGCCGUGCUGGGGUCGGAGGCGUCGGUGCUGCUGCUCACACUAGCGGCGGCGCAGUGCAGCGUCUCCGUGACCUGCGUCCGGGCCUACGGGAAGGCGCCAGCGCCCGGCAGCGUCCGCGCAGGCGCACUGGGGUGCCUGGCGCUGGCCGGGCUGGCUGCCGCGCUGCCGCUGGCCUCGGUCGGGGAGUACGGCUCCUCCCCGCUCUGCCUGCCCUACGCCCCUCCCGAGGGCAGGCCCGCCGCCCUGGGCUUCGCCGUGGCCCUGGUGAUGAUGAACUCGCUCUGCUUCCUGGUCGUGGCCGGCGCCUACAUCAAGCUCUACUGUGACCUGCCGCGGGGUGACUUUGAGGCCGUGUGGGACUGCGCCAUGGUGCGGCACGUGGCUUGGCUCAUCUUUGCUGAUGGCCUCCUCUACUGCCCCGUGGCCUUCCUCAGCUUUGCCUCCAUGCUGGGCCUCUUCCCUGUCACCCCUGAAGCUGUCAAGUCGGUCCUUCUGGUGGUGCUGCCUCUGCCCGCCUGCCUCAACCCACUGCUCUACCUGCUCUUCAAUCCUCACUUCCGGGAUGACCUUCGGAGGCUCUGGCCAAGCCCUCGGUCCACGGGGUCCUUGGCCUAUGCUGCAGCCGGUGAGCUGGAGAAGAGCUCCUGCGACUCCACCCAAGCGCUGGUGGCUUUCUCUGAUGUGGAUCUUAUUCUGGAAGCUUCCGAGGCUGGGCAGCCUCCUGGGCUGCAGACCUAUGGCUUCCCUUCAGUGACCCUCAUCUCCUGUCAUCAGCCAGGGGCUACCAGGCUGGAGGGAAACCAUUUUGUAGAGCCCGAUGGAACCCAGUUUGGGAACCCACAACCUUCCAAGAAUGGAGAACUGCUGCUGAGGGCAGAGGGAGCCACGUUGGCAAGCCGUGGUUCUUCAGGAGGUGGAGCCUUCUUGUCCUCUGGCUCUCUCUUUGCCUCUCACUUGUAAAUAUCCCUCCCUGUUUGUCCUCUCCCCUCCCAGUGAUGGCUGCUUUUAAAAGAAAUACAACUACAACUCCACACCAGGAGGGCCAACACUCCUGGCUCCAUUGUUCUGUCUCCAUGGCCAAAACCAAUGAGUGCUUCCAGGUGCUGUUUGACCUGGCCGCGUUCAGCUUCACUUUCACCCUGAGUCUUCCCUGUCAAGUCCAAAUGCGUAGAACAGAGACCUGGAAAUUUGCUUAGGGGAAGAAAGUAGGAAAGUAAAGAACAGGGCCAGGAUUAUUGAGUGCACACUGAGCAGGCAGACCUCACAGAGAAAGGCCCAGAAGAGAACUACCGAAGACAUUGGAGCAUUUCCCCUGUGACUUGAGGAUAGGCUAUAAAAUGUGUUCUGUGUCUCAUUAAUCUUUACCUAUGCCCAUGCAAAAAGUACUUCCUGUUAAAAUAUGUUUUGGAAGACAUGACAUAUUAUGUCCCUUUCUUAAAGUCAUGGGGUCAUGUUAGUGUCUAAAAGGUACUGAGAAUUAGGACCUUUUAACUUAAUUACUGCAGCAGUUAAGCUUAAUUACUUGACGAUAGGUUUCUGUUUGCCUUUCAUGGAAUCCUUAUAAAUAUCUCACAGAACAUAGCAUGGUUUUCUCCCAGGGAAUUCAUCUUUACUACCUUAUGACAUCACAGGAUGCCACUGUCCUUGAAAGCCCCUAAGAAGCCAAUCUGGGGUGAAGUGCCAGAGGUGACUGGUGAUUCCACCAUCUAGGACAGCCUCUUCACAUUCUGCUGUCUUCCCCUCUCCCCAACUUAUCACCCCAGGGCAGAGACCUGGUGCCUCUUCCACAAGGUAGGGCAGAAAGAAAAAGAACCUUGUGUGUGCUCCCAACCCACACCAACCACAAGCACUAAUGAGAUCUCUGCCCUCAGCAAGAUAGGAUUCUCAGGUCCUGGCAAGGAAUACGCUGGGAACCCUGUGGCUCUAUGGGACCCCCUAACUUGUAUAGUUUUACAUUGUAUGCCUACCGCCACAACCUUUCUUCUCAUCCCAAUCCUUUUUCUGGGAGUGGUGGACAAUCCAAGAGAAGGGAUAUUUGUAUGCGGUUAUUGCAUUUUAGGGAUGCUGUAGCUAUCUGGGACUCCUGGGUGCUCCCAACAGGCUGUUGAUUCUUCUGCCUCUCCCCUCUUGACCGUUCUUACCUUUUGCUUCCCCAAGUGCCUCCCAUCCCACUCCAAACACAAGAAUUUAAUCUCAGGAAGAGAAGGUAAGAAGUGGGGAGGAAUUCAAGACUCAGUAAUAGGUGAUAAUUGCCCUGGGAACUGAGUCUGGAUCCCAAAGCCCAGUGGAGCAUCAUUCUCUGCCUGAAUCCUGUGUGGUCCCCGGCUGAGCCCUCUCUCCAAAAAGUCCAUCUUUAAAACAAGCAGAGAAGGUCCUUCUCUAAGUUUAAUAGUUACCUUUUCAUAGCUCAGUUUCUCUGCUGUCUCCCAGGUGCCCAGUGAGAAUUCUGGCACAGGCCAACAAGUAGGGUGAAGGAUGAGUCAGAGGCCAUGCAUGGAGCUUGAAACAUUUCUAAA